AGGGCGCGCGGCGGCGGAGCUGCGUCUGGUCGGCCGGCGGCCAUGCCCAAACGGGGCUGCCCGUUCGCGGACGCGGCCCCAUUGCAGCUCAAGGUAAACGUGGGCCCGAAGGAGCUGAGCCGCGGCGUGUGCGCCGAGCGCUACUCGCAGGAGAUCUUCGAGAGGACCAAGCAGCUCCUUUUCCGCGGGGCCCAGGCCUGUGUGGACCACGGGUGGGAUGAAAGCUGUGAUGUCGUCCACCUGCCAGAGUCCCCGAAGCCAGGACCCACAGGAACCCCGCGGGCCGCCCGCAGCCAGAUGCUGAUUGGACCCGACGGCCGACUGGUCAGGAGCCACGCUGCUGCUUCCGAAGCCGACCCGGCCAGGGCGGUGUCCGUCGCCUGCUGCUCGUGUGUGCGUGCUGUGGACGGGAAGGCGGUCUGCGGCCAGUGUGCACGGGCCCUGUGCGGGCGGUGUGUGCGUGCCUGCUGGGGCUGCGGCGCCGUGGCCUGCGCCCUGUGUGGCCUCCUGGACUCCGGUGACACGUGUGAGGAAGUGCUGUGUGCCAGCUGCGCCAUGUUCGAAGCCUGAGGGCGCCGGCCUGUCCUCCCGAGGCCCACCGGUGCAAGGCUUUCCUGCCUUGUAUCAUGUACCCUCGCGACAGCAUGAAUAAAGCUCUAUAUUUGCACAGGG